AGUCUAUAGACGCCCGGCGCAGACGUCAUAUUAUAGUCGUCCGAAUCUUGGGUGCAUCUUCUUCCUUAUCUUCUUCUUUUUUGGGGGAAAAAAUGAGGAAGGAAAGAGGAAAGAUUAGGGAUCAUUUAUUUUCUCUUUUGGGGCCGAUUCUUUGGUUCCGAGCGUGGGACGGACUACACGUAUAGCAUUUAACAAAUGAGCCAUUGCAAUGAUUGCCUUAGUCUGCUGCCCACUAUAGAGCCUAAAAAUAGACCAACCCUAGGCUUUAUAUUAUAUUGUGACGCUUUUUUCUCCGAUGGUGUUUCGUGAGUAAUAUAGCUACUGUAUUUCAGAUAAUGCGGCGGAGAAUGCACAUAUACUCGAAUGCAAUUAGAAACAGAUUUGAGUUCGUCGUGGCAACGUAGAGACAGUUUGCGAUGACGACACAGUUGAGUAGGUUGGAAAACUAUUUUUAGAAACAAGCGCUAGUUUGUGAUUCAAUUGUGUUUAUUUGAUUGAAUGAGCACGACGCGAGUGGAAAGUGCACCUGUAGAAUCAAAACAGUGACGUGUAUAAAAGUUUUGACGUACGUAUAUACGGGAAGCUAAUUCAGUAGAUAGCUUACGUCUUCUUUUAAUAUUUAAAAACCCUGGCAAAUGCAACUGAAUGAAUAGGGUGUGCAGUUUCUGGAAACGCUAUUUGGAGAUCCAAUCAUAGAAAUUGGAUAAAGUGGUUGGAACCAUUGUGAAAAAAAAAAAAAAAAAAAAAAAAAAAAACUAAACGAGAUAGAAUGUCCUAGAUUCUCCGGCACGAGUUGUCCAUUAAGAGCUGACACUGGAGUCUGGAUUGAGCAUUUGUCCAGACGAGCGUCAAGCUUCUGCAGAAAUCUUGUAAUUUAUGUAAUAAUAAUUCAACGUGACGGUCACAGCACGUAGGACUGUGUUCCUAUAUUCAAGCCUAUAUUUCGUGUACGUAGAUGUUUGGGCUCCUAAUUCCUGGUAAAUGUCAUUAGCAGGUAUACCUGCAAGUGUUUGCGACAUAAUUAGAAACUUGACGAUUGAUUACAUAAACCUCCGCGACAGCCAAGCGAUUCAAUUCUGAACGAAUAAAACUUAAACGGCUGAUUGAUAUCAACAGCUGACAAAUCUUUUCAAUAACUUAACAUCCGGGCGAAGGAGAAGUAAAACCCUAACACCAGUUGAUGAGCACCACCUGGGCGUGGAAUCCAGGAAAAUUGUGGAAUUGUCUCUCCUACAUUAUACAGCUAGUCAUCAGUGGAUUGCACGGAGCUGCGUGUUGUGUUGUGGGUUAUACCACUUGUGGUUGUCACGCUCUAAACACAUGAUUGACGUCAGUCAAUAAUCUAUCUGCUGACAACACCACGUAUAUGGCAGCAGCUGUUAAUUGUAAACCGGCACGCCCUGGGGUGAAAAAAAUAAGCCGCGUCGUGAACGCGUCCCUCCACACAUUUCUCUCUCUCUCUCUCUCUUUUGCUCUGGCUUCCAUCAAGUUUUCUUGCAGCAGCAGCGUGAGGGGUAAACUGAAAUUACUAGUUUAUUGAUCGCUUCUCUUGACAACAAAUACACUCACGGGAAAUUGACGAACGGCAGACUGAGCGGAUCGAUAAAGAUGCCCCGGCCAUGCUCGUCAUUUCUUUUAUGUCUUUUUUUAUUUUUUGGGAGCUGGCAGUUUUUUUUUUAAAUUUAGUUUCAAGUCUGGCCCAUCCCGAGGAAAUAGAAUUCUAGUGCUAGUUAAAACGCAACGAUACAGUAUAAAAGUAAGUGGGCAAAUGUUAAAAAAAACAACUGUAAUAAUGUUUUCCUUGGCCCAAUUUGAAUACUUUCAAAGGCAAUUGAAGCAAAAACAAAGGCAUCCCCCAACAAAGUCUUUCAAGUGACUCGAUUAGAAAAAAAAAACAACAACUAUGCAUUUAGGCCAAUAGGUUUCCCUUAAAGAACCUCAGAAAUACUGUGAAAAGUAGACUAGCUGUACCGAGCUGUACGUAUACGCAGCAGCAGUGUGUCUUGCUUGCAAGUUGCCGCCGAGCGGAGCUAAACUACUGGGCAACGACGUGGACGACAAGACUAUGCACACAUUUUGGCAAUCCAAUUACACAAGCUUAGGGGAUCUAGUGUUCGUGAUCGGGGAACGAUAGAAAGUUUCCUCUUAAAGGGAAAAAAGGAAAAAAAAUAAGAAAAUGAAAAAAGUGAUAGCUCGUAGAACUUUAAUAAAUUGGUCGGAGUAAAAUAUUGAAGACGAGAGAUGUGGGGCUACAUCAGCUACUGCGUCACCGUGUAAAAACGAUCCAGCGGCAAAUCUUCUGGAUCCGUUCGAGAGCACGGAAUUUAAGUAUAUGCUCCGUGAAACCUUGCCGCUGUAAAACAUGGAAUAGUAUACAGCGUGCAUCACCACCUAGUGGUAUUUGUAUUUGUCUGACACGCUCCCGCUUCCUGUGUAUAUACGCGCACCCGUUUGAAAUUGGAUUUUUAUCUUUUUCGCCUAGUGCCAGAUUCGCGGUGUAUUUGUUCGCGAUCUUCUGACUGAUUUGCUUUUGAAAUCGAAGCGCUAUAUUGAUGUUUCUUCAAGGAUGGCCUUGCAUGUGUCACACUGAGGGGGCAGACAUGUUGAAAAUAGAAUCAGCACUCGCUACAUGAGCUCUGCAUGUCGCUGCGCUUAAAACUCUCUGAGCUAGAUUAUUUGCCGAUGUUUUCUUUUAUUACUGCGCAUACGUCCUUGCAUUCUUACGCUAAAUAUGAUUAUGAGUCAGAUAAAUCCUUGCAACCUUCGUGAUUAUUACAUGUACGUAGACGCGUCACAAUUUGAAGGGCGUGUACAUGAUAAGAAAAAGUUUAUUUUGGGUUUUUUUAAUUCAAAGGGUGGAUUAUUUAACUUUCUUAUUUCUCCAACUACCCUCAGGGGUUUAUUUUUAUAGCUCAAAAGAUGGAUGGAAUAUAGGAUAUUAUUUAACCGAAGACAAGUUAAAAGUCUCAAGGGGCUCUUGUUUUCUGGUGGCUGUGUAUUACAUUUGGCCUCGAUAUGGAAAAUCCAUUGACCUUGAUGACGUUACACUUUCUCUCUGAUGAGACAGGUAACAAUAGCAUUUUCUCCAAUAGCCAAUGAGGAUACAUCUAGUAGAAUGCGCCCCGUCGUUUUAUUACGUUGGGUAGAUGUUUAUCUUGUCUUAGUCGUGGCGCUGUAUAGUCCAGCAGAAAAGUGGUCGAGUCCUCCGUGCACGGUGUCAAGUUCCUUUUUAUUAUUUGUCGUCUUGGUUUUUCCUUGACUGUAACAUCAACUUUUCCGGAUAAAGUCGUAGCUAUGGAUCACCAAUUUCGUGUCUCACCGUUCAGCUUGAUUGUUGCUGGAGUCGCUUCGUGUCUCCUGGCAUCUUCAGUGCUAGCUACCGGUAAUAAUAGCGAAACUGGCGCAGUAACUACAACAGAAGCUAUCAGCACAGCUGCAGAACUCUACAACUUGCCAUGUCUACCGGAUUCGGCGUUGAACGCUUUACUCGUCCAGAUGCUUAUGGCCCUGCAGCCGUACUUCUUGUCCACCCAAUACCAGCAACAGAGAAUGCAAUUUUCUAAUAACAAUGAAUUAUUUACUGCAACAAAGGAAACGAAUCAACCGAUAAUUAGGACGACCGUAGUGACUUCAAGCGUUGUGUCGACUUUGACGCAAACACUUUCAAAAAUAAUUUCCAUUUGGUUUCGCAACGAGCGCAUUCCGACCACCCUUUAUUCGCAAGCAACAACGGUCAUGACUGAUUUCAUUACAAUUACUUCAACGCUCAACGUCGAACCGACUGAAUGGAACCGCGAACGCAGGGAGCUGAAAGACGCUACCUUUUUGGAAUCAUCUUUAAUCGAUGAGGAUAACCUUGAUGCUGGGUAUUAUAGAACCCAGCCGUUACCUGAGGAUGAUGAGUCUUUUGACGUCCAAGCUCUACUACCUAUUCAUCUAAGUCAGCCUCAAGUAGUCGAAGCCUGGAACAACUUUUUGCGCGUAUUAGAGGAAACUCAAAAUAAUGCAAGAAAAGGAAACUAAGAAAAUGUUCAGACUAUAAUUAGAAUCUCAGGGGACCUUCGGGUGAUUGCAAUUUUUUAUAUUGGCUUUCUUUAUUCGAGAUCUACCAAACAUAACUAUUUUAUCAUACUUUUAAUACACACACAAAGAAGCAAGUUUGUACGUCUAAUUU